AUGCGGAUACUAGAAGAAAGAAACGCUUUUAUGAGCGACUACGAGGCUCUCCAAUUCCUGGUAUCUCUCCAGAAAGAGCAUAGAUGGACCUCCGAUUCCAGAGACAGGAAAAACAAACAUGCUAAACCAUACUACCAUCCAGAGCUACAGAUGAUAACAAGAGACACAGUAAGAUAUCUUACCCAGCGAUCGACACCGGCUCCAGAAGAACAAGAAGAACAGGAAGAUCAAGAACAAGAAGCACAAGCAGAAAAACCAAAACCAAAACCAAAAUCAACCCUCCUGCAUCUCACCACCCAGCAGUUCACAGAACUCAUGCAGCAGCUCAAUCAUUACCCACUAUACAAGGCAGAAAAGUUGCAAAUAGUCAACCAACUCCCCACAAACCUUGUCCAUUUAUACAGCAUCGUCGAAGAGUGCGAAUCCAGACUUGAUGAAGGUCAGGUGACCUCGUUACUAGAGGCCAUCGAACGCACGUGCCUCAUACACUGA